AUGGCCCACAAUUUCAAAUGCACGCGUUAUAACGCAUUUCACAAAUAGACUUGUGUUUUUCUCCCCUUGUGCAUUGUAAACUGCUGAAUGUGUGUAUUCCAUAAGUUUGAUAAUUCUUAAAUGUAUACCUCUUCGAAAAUGUAAUAAUAACUUUCUAUUUAGCGGCAAAGAACAUUAAUGCAAUUGAUUGUAUUACGAAGCGGAAUUCAUGGCCAUGAAGAGAUUUCCUCGUAUUCAACCCGUUAUUCUCAUUGAACUUAAUAUUUACACUGGCAAGUAUGAGUGCGAAAUAACUCGACUUACUCAUAUUAUGGUUUAGUGUUUAGCGCGCUCACCUUAAGGUGAGCAAUUGCGCGCGCGCUUCGGAAAAGAGAGUGGCAUUUUUUACGUUGUGAAGUAACUUCUGCUUUUGUUGUGUAAAUCGCAUCAGAAGCUUUUUGGUUUACUUUAACUGGUUUAAUUAGUUAAAACAUCUUGUGACAACUGUAUUGGAUCUGUAACCAAGUAACACACUAUGGAUACUGUUCUCCUAAGUGAUCUUGAACGCUUCUACCUCGUACAGGGAGUUGAAUUGGGAUGUAGGAUGGAUGGCCGCAGGCCAAACGAAUAUCGACCUUUAGAAAUUGAGACUAGUAUAUUAAGCCACGCGAGCGGUUCAGCGAGUAUUCGCAUUGGUGAAACAUUUAUUUUAUGUUGUGUCAAAACGGAAGUUGGUAAACCGUCUUUAACUGCUCCAAAUGAAGGUCGUAUAGAAAUUAAUGUUGAAUGUUAUCCUACAGCAACUCACCGUUGCAAUGAUAAAAUAGCGUCUGAAUUAGCCGAACGCUUGAAAGCAACAUUACAAUCAGUCUAUCAAUCAGAGUUUCUUGAUCUUAGUUCAUUGUGUAUACAACGUGGUCGACAAUGUUGGAUUGUGUACAUUGACUUACUUAUAUUAGAAGGUGCUGGAAACCUGCUUGAUGCAUCAUCUUUAGUCAUUAAGGCUGCUUUACUCAAUGCAACACAGUCGAAUUCUUCACUGGCAUCUGUUUUUAAAAAUAAGAAGAAAAUGGUGACUUCGGAAUCCUCAGCUGAACACUCUAAUGACGAUAUGCUACCUCUUUUCGUUACAGUGCAUAAAAUUGGGAAUGCUUACGUAAUCGAUGCUACUAAAGAAGAAGAGGCGUGUUCAUUAUCCAGGUUGUCUGUUGUUAUAUACCCUGACGGGUCAUUAGGAUCUAUAGAACGUGAUGGAUGUUCCAGUUGUCAUUUGGAAACAAUUGUUAAAAUGUCAGAGCUUGCAACCACAGUUGGAAAGGAAUUAAAUCAGGCUUUGAUAAACACACUGGAAUUAGAGAAACAAUUGCGUUCCACAUAGAAAAAAAUAUAGUAUCUUUGUAUAUAUGGUAUACUUAAAUGUCUUUUCAUCAUUGUUCCCAGUGUUAUGCAAGAGAAUAUGAUCACUGUUUGAAAGUAUCCAUUGGAUUCCAACUUAAGCAAUUCGAAAUAACCUAUUGCUUUUACUAAUAACAUAAAAAAAGUUGUUCAGC